UACUACCGAUUGGACGUUUGCAUUUUAGGCUGCUGCUGCGCCUGAGAUAUUCCGGUUGAUGUUUUGGUUUGGUUGUCAUUCCGUUGAAAUCCGAUCGUUUCCAGUGAGAUUAAUCCAGCAUCUAAGAGAAAGGAAAAAAAAGGUGACUAAGCGUGGUCCAGCUAACUCUCCAGGUGGGAAGCUGGCUAAAAGUGAUAGAGAUCGAUUGCUGAUGCCAAUUGGUUGCGGCAAUAGUGUGAAGAAAACACCGACUCGUUCACAUCGUUUGGAUGUUUUAUUUUUAAGUGUUUGAGGCUGAUUUCGAUCACAAAUUGAUCGCUUGGAUAAUUGCAGUAGCCUAAAUUCAAAUCUUGAGUACAACCAAAAAAUUUAGUCAAGAUCUAUGAAAGUGAUUUCAUGAGUGAAACUUAAAUUGGAAAUUGUGUCCCCUCGAAAUGAAAACGAAUCAAAAGUGAAAUUGCAAUUGAAGCUGCCCCUGAUCUGAUCUGGUCAUUUGAACUAACGAGGACACCUGAUCGUUGAUUCCGCAAAUUGUAUCCAACAGCAACAAAACGUGAUCCACUUCGAUCCAAACUGCCGGUAAAUUGCACAGAAAGUCUCCUAGUGUGAUCGAAUUUCGAAACAAAAUCUUAUGCAAAAAUAGAGGAAGCAUAAAAGAGUGUCGCCAACAAUAUUGGAUCGAAUUCAAUGGCAAAAAAAUCGAAGCGAAACUUAGAAAAAAAAAAAUUAAACCACAAGUGACCCCCAACUAAUCAUCAUCCUCUUCAGACCUUCCCGGACUAGAAGAGAAAGGAAAGUGUUUGCGUUUGUGUAUGAUUCAAUACCACUUUUUUACCCUUCCUUCUUCUCUAAUUUGUGUGGGAAAUCCAAUCAGCCGGUGUUUUUGUGAUAUCACUACCGAUAUUUCGAACGGAAAAUAAAAGAAAAAAAAACCGAAAACAUCUUCAGCAAGGUUCGAUUGGAUUGUGUGCAGCUCUUAUAUUUUUUUUAUAGUGAAGACGACCAUAGUUGAGUGAUUUUAUUUCUGCUUGAUUUUGCUCGAUUGUGGUGCGAAGGAGUGUGUUGUGUUCAUCCGGUUAAGAAAAGUUUGCCAAAUUCUCAAUCAAGGUCUUCGGUUCAGUCUCCGGUCAACAAACAGUGAUAAAGGCGCCCCUCUUAGUCAAGUUUUCUUUUCUUUCCUUAUUUGCACAGCCCUUCGUGGACACUGUUGUGGUGAAGUGAAGAAAAUCCGUGAAGUCCCACAUAGCUUUAUACCAGUGAUUAGUGACAGCAUCGAGACCAACGUUCCGAGAACUUCCGUGGCCUCCCCGGGGCAGCUACGAGAGGUGGAGGCCUUGAGGGCUUCGGCCCCUCCUCCUAUCCUCCAGUCACCAGACUCCGGACAACCGAUGCGAUGAAGUGUAGCAGACUGCUUCUCGUAACGACCGGCGUGUCGUUAUUUGUGAUUUUCGGAUUAAUCGAUGCCAUUAACGCCCAGCGUGGUACUGCCCGGUUCAGCCAACGGGGUGGCAGUCGAUCAUGGACUUCUCCGGAAGACCCAGCAAGUCAGCUAGUCAGCGCUGAAAGCAUGGGUAGCCGCAGCAGUAGCAGCAGCAGCGAGACACCAACUUUCCGGAGAAGGACACCUCCAACGGGGGCUGCUGUCGGGAGUAGAGCUGCACCUCAGGUGCAAACCUCUGCUCAACCUCGCACCCGUAGUCGCAGUCGAACCCCUCCAACGGCCCAGAGUCGAUCGAUUGAGGUUAGUAGGCAUGAUGAAGAGAUUAGCUCUAGGAGGGUGAGUAGGGAGCGAUUUACUGCUCAGUCGAGGAGUGAUAAGGUGUUUCGGAGUGAGUCACUGAGAGAAGAGAGUGAAGGAUUGUCGGAGGAAGAGAAGGUUCCUAGUAAGCGGAAAUCUCGAGGAAGAAAUUUUGGAACGGAACGCUCGACUACCGUUGCAGCUGCCGAGAGAGUAGGUAGGAGACUGAAUAAGCUAUCAAAGGUAGAGUUGAAGCAGCUGGACAAUGUUGUUAGCAGGGAAGAAUCGAAGGUUGCUUUGCGAUCUGACGUUCAAUCGAGGGGAAAGGCUAAGGCCGCUCCAGUGGAAUCACAAUCAGAGGAACUUACUUCGGAGGAGAACUAUCCGGAAGAGUUUAAGCAACUGUUGAAGUCGAAGCACCAGGAAGAUAAGUUACGGAAUUUAUACGUCAAUAAGCUGGAUGCAUCCACCGAGAAGAGUUACCGUAAGGAUGAGACCCCACGGUUUAAAGUUAAGACUUUGAGUACAACUACGCCUGGUCCGACGACAACCGUGAAGGUCAUAACUCCUCGACCUGUAAGGACAACUGUUGCUACGACUACAGUAAGAGAGCCUUUGUCCACGAAAAGACCCGAAGUGUUGCGUUCUAGAGCUACUAGUGCUCCAGUAACGGCUGCUAAGGUGACCAGGAAGCCUGUGGCUUCAAGAUCACGGAGCUUACCCUUUUCUUCGUCAGAAUCUCCCACAACAGAAGACGUUACAUCCGUACGACCUACUAAAGCCUACUCACGAAAACCGAGCGUAGUAAGUCUGCUAACAUCAACAACAACUUCGACUACAACCACUACCAGAAAGCCCUACUCUCCGGCUCCUCGCAAUGCAAGCCCAAACAAGCGAGUGUUCUCAACGUCCACUACCCUAUCGCCCAACAUCGGAAUCAGUGUAGGAUCUUCUAAACGAGACAAUCAGUUCGUUAUCAGCACUCUACGUAAUCCAGCCCCAUUCCGGGCGCCAUCCAGUCAGAAGAAAUUCCGUAAGCCGACAGCCUCUGACUAUAACAACGACGUCAAACCGGUGGCAAUAUCCGCCCGCUCCAAACCACCCUCGCCACCUCAAAGUGUCUUGAAACGCUCCCAAUCGUCUGCGUCCGCCUCCAGGGUGUCGGCCCGGUUCGAGUCCAGUCUGAAGAAGACGCCGGUUUACACUCCGACCAUUCCGGCGUUCACCUCGCCGUCUCCGACCACGGCGAAGGUUAGACUUGAUGGCCACUCUUUGCUAACGACUGCUAACGCUUCCACCGCCAUUUCCACCAAAACUACCACCACCAAUAGCACCAACUUCCCUUCCAGUGCGAACGCAAGACUCGCCAACGAGAUAGACGUAGAUGAUGAUGAUCUGGAGCUUCACCAGAGCCGACCUCGGGGCCUCAAGGUGCAACCGGACCCAGGCCCGGGGGCAACGAAGCAGGGUCAAGUUGAGCCAGUGGCCGCCGGUUUGACCCAGAGCCGCAUGGACGUCGACGCACCGGGUCACAAAUCGUCCGAUACGGUGUCGAUCUUCGGUGCCCUGUCCGAGAUACUCUCGCAGCCAACAGAAAGUUUACCAUUUUUGUCUUCUAGCACCGAUGCACCGUCUUCUUCUAGCUCUUCUAGCACGUCUACGACGACAACUACUACGACUACAACAACCACCACUACUACAACCACAACCACAACCACCACCACCACUCCUAAGCCUAGCACUUUGCGAAAGCCCCAGGCCAAGGUACCCAAGGAUAUUGGUAGCACCACUGAUAGUUCUAAUGGCUUGGGCACAGUGUUUGUAAAUAAUGAUGACCCAACUACCACCACUACUGUUGUAAAUAAUAUUCCCACCGAAAGCGACACUGCUGGCAUCCAAUCGAAUACGGCGGUGGUGGACAGCGCAAACCCCGAACUAAGCAUGAUACCCCAGUUGGAUGAUGAUUCAAUUAACCUAACCGAUGUUGAGAACGAUAUUAGCGCGCGAAUUUUGGAUAUUGACGAAGUUCCCUUUCCCCCAACAACAACAGCAACAACCAGUUUUCCAACGCUAACAAACUCCUAUGAUCCAAUAUUGUCCGCCGAGGACACGUCUACUCCUUUCUCUCAGACCCCUAAACCUCCAACUACUCACGCUACCACAACGGUCAUUGUUGAGGAACCAUCUACUACGACUACAGCCAUCGCCAUCACCUCGAAUACUGAGAGCAUGCUAACGUUGUCAUCGCCAUAUUUUAAUACGCCACUAACCGACAUGGCUGAUGAUUUUUCUACGACCUAUCCAAUGACAACAACCGCGAAUCCCAUAACCAUCACCACAACAAACGAUCCAUCCGAUUUCGUCUUGGACGUCCGUAGUUCGGUAGCGAGAGCGCGAUCGGAGCUUGAAUCCAUCUCCACCACAUCUACUACAACCAUGUCAGCGGAGCUUGAAAUCACUACUAUUUUCCCUAGCUCUAGCAGCAGCUCUACUACUACAACUCCAUCUAGCAUGCUUCCAAGCUCAUCGCCUGCUGUGACCAGUGGUUUCGAUUUGCUCGCUUCUACUAAUGUUACUAAGCCAUCACUGACCACAACAACCCAUUUCACCGAACCUCCACCACCUCCACCUCCAUCAACCAGUAGUCCUAGUCCUCCGACAGCGACGACGCUCACUGCUACAACUACUACCACCACAACCUCAUCGGAAUCACCGACGACCUUCACCGCAAUCGUAACGUCGGCACCAAUGACCGUAAGUAGGACCACCACCUCUCUUCCAAAUUUGUCCGAUGCCAAGUCCGAUUCCCCCUUUAUUGUAACCCCUCGGGUACGAUUAUCUGAGCAUGAACCUCCUUCGGAGUACAAACCAAGAUUUAAAGAUCGUCCUCCUAUCUUCGGGGUUGCACAGACUUCCACCGCCAGCACCAGCACCACGACUGCACCCGUUUCAGCUACCAGCACCUCAAGUAGCACGCCACUCACCACACCACUAACAACUACCACAACCACAACGACAACUGCAAAACCGCGAUCGCGUGGCAUCGUCGUGUACGGAAUUCUACCGAACAACACCGUCAUCAGGCGCAUCAUCGGUGAAGACGACGAACCCUCUACUACCACCACCGAGAACCCGCUGGUAGUCUUCGGAAUCUACCCGAACGGAACCAUAGUCCGGAAGUACCCCAACGGAACGAUCGUCCCGGAUCGCCCAGCCAAACCACGAGGAGGUCGCAUCGAGAUCACCGACAUCGAUCCACGGGACUUACGUAACCCCAACAGUGCCAUCUACCGGGAAACUACCACCUUCAGGCCCACGGUCACCUUAGCAACAAGCUCGUCGUCAACAAGCUUACUCUCAACAACUAGUACCACCACCAUUGUUAGCACUACUACCAUUCCGAACGAAGUCACGGGAACAACGGCUAUUAUCGAUUUGCUGCGUAGGUACAAUGAGGAGAACUUGCUAGACACCAAGGUCAAAUCGGAUGCGGUUUUCAGUUUGGCCAUGAGUCGUUCCAAGACCGGUGUACCGAUGGAAGGUGGAAGCACUCGGAGACCGGACCCACUCGGUCCCACUCGGAUAUCGUUGGACUUUGAUUCUACGACCAAAAAUGCUCCAGAGGAUGUUCGAGUAUCUCGUCCAAAUGCUCCGGAUUUGAUUCUUAGAUGGAAGCCGCCAAUGUCGUCGUCGUCUUCAACUGACAUGCCAGCGAUGCGAUCCACCACAGAGGAGGAAGUUGCUGACAACACCGUUCCGGACAACAUCGUUGAGCUGAAGAGCAUUCCCAAGCAGAACACGGAAUCAAUCCUGAAUGAAAUCCAAUCCGAUACGUCCCCGGGCUCAUCGGAUCAGGAAUCGUUCGACGAGUUUGAUUUGCGCAUUUUCUCGGAUCUCAAUCCGGAUAACACAUCUUCAACUACAGCUAGCAAGGCCGAAGUUUCCGAAGUUAACACCUAUCUAACUUCUACGUUACUUCCCGUCACUGAACUGUCUACGACGACUAGUACAAAACCAACUACUACUACGUCUAGCUCAACUAGUACCACAACUACUACAACAACCACGCCACGGCCAACGACAAGAACAACCACAACGACUCCUCGUCCUGCACCCACAACAACACAACCACCGGUAACCACUUUCCGAAGUUCCUCAUUCGUUACAACCUCAAUCAGAAACCUAGACUUGGAAACGAAUCUCAAACUGCUCCAGCAGUAUCUUGAAGCCAAUCAAAAGGAUAUCGCGGCUACCAAAGCGAUUACAACGUCAACGACGGCUGCAGCACCUUCGACUACCACAACCAAAAGACCACCUACAACCACCAGCACUACAACAACAACGACGACGACGACAACGCCAAAGCCAACUACGACCACAACAACCAGAAGAACUACCGCACCUACUACCACAACAAGUGCACCGAAGCCGAAGUCUAUCAACACUAAUGGUGGACAGAACUCGAACGGGCUGUUUACGCCGACGACGCAGCGGACUAGAACCACCACAUACUCGGAUACGGAGGAUCUAGCUUUCUUGCGUCAACUUGCAAAGUUCCUGAAUCUACAGCAACCUACCAGGGCAACAACCAAAAAGCCAAAAACCACUACGAAACCCACGACUACGACAACAACAACGACCACAACAACGACACCGAGGACGACUCCGACAACUACCACAACCACCACAACAACUUCUACUACCACUCGUAGACCAACGACAACCUUGCCCUUGAGUACCGUCAUCGUCUCCAAGGAUGAUCCCGAUUUUCUGAAUGAUGUGCGCAAACUUCCGGACUUCGCCAAGCCAAACCCGUUGCUCGACAGCUCUCUCGCCAACCGAAUUCUUCAGCUAGCCAUCAACCGGGAUCCGAAGAGUAUUCCUGUUGGGAAUCAACAAAACGUUCUUUCUUCAACACCUAGAGUCACAACAUUAUCUCCGAUUGAAGUUGAGCAAACCAAGAAACAACUGGACAGAGAACUUCAAUCCUACAACAAUGACAUCAAGUUGCUGUCAACAUUGUUGGGUCGUCCCGUUACCGGAAAAGACAUUCCCGGUCUUACCAAUCAACUAAUUCCUUCAACAAGUCGAACCACCACUAGGACCACAACAACUCGAACGACAUCCACCACAUCGGCUACAACCCCAAGGAAGCCCGCAAUCGAUCCCAUCCUUCUUCAGGAUCUCCUGCAAAGGCAAAAACAGCAGCACAACUCAAGUCCCGCAGUCUUGGCCAACCCGGAACUGUUCGGAACCACAAAUGAAGCCAUCCUGGCGACGGUUCUCAAACAACGAGGCAUCGGCCCAGCCAACACCAAUGCCAACAUCGAAGAGAUCCUGGCAAAGAUUUCACCUCGCAACAGUGCUACGGCCACGGUUCAACCAAUCAUCACCACAACAAGGGUAAGGCCGAGGCCUGUUCCACGACCGGAGCCUCCACCACUACAGUCUUCAAGGCCUAUUUUAGACGGCCUCUCGUGGCUGUGGCGAGAAUGGCAAGCGACAGCCCCGCGGCCAUCACGCCAAAGGUUACCAGGGUCCUCCCUGAUUGCUUCACCUCCACCGGCCGAAAGUUUCGGCCUGAGUGGUGGUUUUGGAGGUGCCGGUGCCGGUCGCUCGCCUCAGUCCCAGGCUUACCGGGACAAUGGUGGGCUGGACCCCGAUGCGAAGCCGAUUAAUCCGAGCGUUACGGAGCCACCGCCGUCGCUGUUCAGUGGAUUUGGAGGGAUCAACCCGGGAGGACAGCUGUUAAAUGCAGCCAUCGGUGUCACCCGGGCGGUCACCCAGUUCCUUGGAGUGGCACUGCAGGGUGCCGCUAAAAGUUUCACCGGAGCCUUCCAAGCACCACCGGCCAAUGAACCGGACGAUCUGGCCUAUUACCGAUUUAGCGGACGGUGAAAACUGAAAACCAUAGGAUGAACCAGAGGAACCUUAAAGUUAUGGGAAUAAGAGCGGAUAAAAAAACACACAAACUAAAGUCUGCUGCUAAGUACUGCUGUAAAAUACGAGUUAUGAUUACAAAAAAAGUGGCGUAGUUAGGACCGAAACAACAAUAAUAGCUGUGUUACAAUUCUAGAUUCCUUGAGUUUUUGCUCAACCUGAGUGAGUGAAUGGUUAGAUCUUCCUGUUGAUGUAGAUGAAAAUAAAAUAUCGAUAAAUCCAGGAAGAAUGUUCGAUAAAAAAUGUCGUUUGAACCGGAAUGCUCGCGAAAACUGAUCCAUAUAGUAGGUGUUUACUGAUAAGACUGUGAAACUAAAUGUUUAAUGGUUAAGUAUUUAUUUUUGAACGUGAUCACAAAAUAAAUUGCUUCUUGUAUUUAGCUAGAAAACGCACGAAGAUACAUAGUAAGAUAGUGAUUGGCCCAGCUGUUGCUCAACGGAUGUCCAGGGAAUAUGUGAUGGCUUCGAAGAUAUGUUUACCUUAGCUUUCCAAUUUCAUUACUAUUUUAAUCUACUGCUAUAAAUUUUAAUGUUUUGAGCUCAAAGUAGAGUGCCAUUUCCCUUGCCAGCAAUGGGAUGGUUUUAUGGUUUGCAAAACUUUUUAGAAAAAAAUCUACAUCCGGCAAAUCUAGGUUUUAAAUAAAAAGGAAAAGUCAACCUGAUGGUAGAAUUUUACUUACAGCUUUUUGAGGAAGAUAGUCAUUAGAUAUGAUGUAUGUAGAAAUAUUUGUAUACCAUCAAAAACAGGUUUGUAAAUAUUAUCCAAAUAAA